AUGCCAUUUUAUGGACGUCCAAGCAAAAAUUGUGAGAGUUGUCGGGAGAGGCGUAUCAAGUGUGAUCGCAUUCAGCCGACAUGCUCUCAGUGCAAAAGAGCGGGGAAGACAUGUGGUGGCUACCGUGAUAUUCCGGCCUUCAUGUUCCGUGACGAAACAGAUAAAGCGGCCCAACGGUCUGCAUUGGCGAAAUCUAGAUCAGCAGAGCGUGAAGGAAUCACACAAGGCUCAACUUUAAGCCAUACCUCGUCAUCAAAGAGGUCCACCAGAGAUCAAUCGAAGACUGUAGUCCUAUCCUGGAAACUCAAUCAACCAUCGCUAGUUAUCUCUGUUCCGGCCUCAGUUCCCACCAAUGUGGAGAAUCAGGGCCUGAAUUUUUUCUUCACUCAGUUUGUGACGGAGAUCUCAGGUAUUGAUGAUUUCUCUUUUAUUCUGUCAUCUUCUCAUUUGCUUGGAACUCCCACAGUGGAGUUACCCCUUCAAAAUGCGGCCAUCUCAAUUGGAUUAGCCGCAUUAUCGAAUGUCACCCGGGAUCGCUCUCUUCUGCUGGUAGCAAGAGAGAAAUAUGUGUCAUGUAUUAAUCUUGUCCGUCAAGCUGUGGAGAAUCCAGACCAAGCCAAUCCGGAUCUGAUAUUAAAGUUAAUAUUGAUGUUAGGUUUAUACGAGAUGGUCUGCUGCAAUCCCAACCAAAUUGAUAUGUGGACAAUUCAUCUAGAUGGAGCUGCGGCUUUGCUCAAGCAGACCACGUUCGGGCGUGUAAUCAAAGCUCGCGACCCCCGCGCCCAAAUGCAAUACUUCUAUAUCUCCAUGGUCAGAUACUUCCUGAUCGGAGGAGAUGUACCAGAAGACAUUUUGAACUUUAAUAUCAAUACGAUUCGAUCUUCGCACCCUGAUGAUAUCCCAGGUCUCAGUCUGAUCGGUAUUCUUGUGCGUUUCAUGAGACUGCACUCCGCUCGCAAUGAUCCCGCAUUUGAUCCUGCAGUGAACCUACUCGUCGCAAUAAACUUGGAUACUGAACUUGAGGAAUGGGAACAGGGCUUGCCCGAAAAGUGGAAAUUUACUGUCGAGCACUCUGAUGACAUGCAACACACUUUCCAUGGGAAAUACAUACUUUAUAAGGAUUUAUGGGCAUCGAGAGAUCUCAACCAUUAUUUCUGGGGCCGGUUGGCGAUUAACGAAUUUAUCUUGAACCUUUUGGCUACACUAGCAACCGUAGGUUGUUUUCUGCCAAACGAUGCUGAGCAACGGCAGCGAUCUCUCGAUACAGCUUCGCGUAUGGCGAUGGAUGCCUGUGCUGGAGCUGCCUCCCAACUGGGUACCUAUGCCAGCGCGAUUCCGUAUAAACGAGAAAGUCGUGUUCCUCGGUUAAAUAUUGUUUUUAUGUUGUUAUUUCCAUUAACAAUUGCUGGGAGCUCUACCGCUGCUCCAGAUGAAGUCCACGAAUGGGUGGUACAGAAGCUCCAAGAAAUUGGCUCGAGCAUGGGAAUCCAACGGGCUGUGGAGCUCAUACCAAGAAUAAAGCAAUCCCGUGCCGUGAGAGCACAACGAUGA